CAGACCCCGUGUUCCCCAAAGCGCCCUCGUCCGCCCGGGGGACAGAGACUGCAGCGCCCGCAGCGGGCAGACGCUCUCCCGCAACCUGGCCGGCGGCACCAUGAGGCAGGCGGGACGCACGCUGCUGCUGGCAGCGCUGCUGCUCCUGGCACAGCUGCGCCCGGGGAGCAGCCAGUGGAGCCCGCGGGCGGCGGCGGCCGGGGUCCGGGACCCGAGUCUGCGCUGGAGUCCUGGGGCGCGGAACCAGGACGGCGGGGCCCGCGCGCUACUCUUGCUGCUGGCCGAGCGCUUCCCGCGCCGCGCGGGGCCCGGAGGAUGGGGAUCCCGGACCUCGGGCGAGCGGCCGCGACGCGACGACCCUCCGCUGUCUAUUGACCUCACCUUCCACCUGCUGCGGACCCUGCUGGAGCUGGCGCGGACGCAGAGCCAGCGGGAGCGCGCCGAGCAGAACCGCAUCAUAUUCGAGUCCGUGGGCAAGUGAUCUUCGGGGGGGUCCGCGGCCACAAGAACCUCGACCCCCGUCCCUCACCCCUCGGACCGGGACGUGCGCGACUGUACUGACCCAAUCCCGCAGUGCUGUAGCGGCCCAGGGAUGCCCUGAGCACUCCGUGCGUCGCCGGUUUUUAAUAAAAGUGCUGAAGAGC